AUGUUGCGGGCUGACCUCAGGCUUGCAACCUCUCUUACACGUCCACCAGUUGCUUCUACUGUCUGGCGAGAAUGCGGUAGAAGACGGCUUGCAUUGCAAUCCGCUGUGUCGGAGCCAACGUCGUCUGCCCAAGCGGUUGGUGUCGAAAAUUCUUUCGAAGGGAUACCGAAAGGACCGGCUCUCUUCAUCCGAGCAUGGGAUGGCAUUCAAUCAAUGCCAGAACUAUUCGCCAUCAUUCGCGCUCUCGAGCGCAAGUACGGACGGAUACGGGAGUAUAACGUUGGUCGCGACUACGAACUCCCCACUCAUUAUGUACCUUUCUUCUGGGUGCACUUCCACGACCUCGCGUCCGAAGAGCGCAUUCCAUGGGGCCCAGCCAUCCUCAAGGUCGACGUGCCUAUCGUCGACCCCGCGCGUCCAGGUGGCGUCGGGCUGGAUGACCUCGACGGACUGCUGCGCUCUCAGGACUACGUCAGCCUGCACGAGCAGAUUGAAAAGUUGGCGGCCAAGGACAAACCUAAGGACCCCUCAAGGCGGACGAUUGAUCUCCGGAUAGAGCGUGCAGUGAGCACCCGCCCUGUACGAGUGCAUGUACCGGGGAAUACUAUCAGUCCUUUCUUGGACGCGUUUUACAGGUGGGGCGGAUUCUACCGCGCCCCCAGGACAGAUGCACCCGAGUCGCGACACGCGCACCCAUCUCAGUAUAUGCAGAAGGGCAUCGGGAACUACCUGCGUAACAAGCGACAGCUAGGGCCGCCGCCGCCGCAACACAGAGACAAGGACCAGCAGGUUGCCGAGGGUCAAGUCGACGUCACGAUAGCCGAAGAAGUGCAGAUCACUGAGGCGUCUUCUGCGCAGGCGGAGUCAGAGGCAGCCUUGCCUCCAUCCUGGGUUCCUCUUGGUUCAUCACCAUCCGAGUCGUCAGCUUCGACUGCAUUUGCUGACUCCGCCAGCGAAGAGGCACCUUUGCACAGUUCCCCCACUCCGGAAGCGCCCUCCGUGCGGAAGUUGUCGAAACGCGAGCAAAUACUCGAACAGGCGCGCAGGAAUGCGCGCUCUCCGCUGCCGGCGGCGGCGAUGAAGACCGCAGAAGAGCUUGCAGCAGAGAAGGCGAGCGAGAAGGAGAAGAGGCGGAAGGAGAAUGAGGAGAUGCGGUUGUCGAUGCGGGAGAGAUUCAGGAAGUUCUUCGAUGGGAACUGGUUCUGA